GAACAGCAGGUGGCAGUAGGUACAGCGGUCGCAGUAGUCAGGCUGUCAUAAGCCCAAAGAAGAAGAACAUGCAGCGGUCAGCUUGAGCUUUGAAUGAACUGGAUCUUAUUGGACUACUUCUGUUGCUGAUGGUGUAGCGUUGCCAAGAUUGCCCACUAGCAUGUCUGUUUCGGUUAUUAUCAAGUGGGGUGGACAGGAGUACUCCAUCAGCACAUUGUCUGAGGAGGACACCGUGUUGGAUCUGAAACAGUCCAUUAAAUCUCUCACAGGAGUUCUCCCAGAACGACAGAAGCUUCUGGGAUUGAAAGUGAAAGGUAAACCAGCAGAUGAUGAUGUCAAACUGGGUGACUUGAAGUUGAAGCCCAAUACCAAAAUUAUGAUGAUGGGCACCAGAGAGGAAAGUCUGGAAGAUGUCUUAGCGCCUCCACCAGAAAAUGAUGAUGUGGUCAAUGACUUUGACAUUGAAGAGGAAGUGACUGAGGUUGAAAACAGAGAGGAGAAUUUGGCCAAGAUAGCUCGUCGGGUAAAAGACUAUAAAGUUGAGGAGUUAAAUACCCCAAGACCAGGAAAAAGAUUGCUUGUUCUAGAUAUUGACUAUACACUUUUUGAUCAUAAGUCAUGUGCAGAAACAGGCAAGGAGCUGAUGAGACCAUACUUACAUGAAUUUCUAGCAUCAGCAUAUGAGGACUAUGAUAUUGUCAUUUGGUCUGCAACAAGUAUGAAGUGGAUUGAUGCUAAAAUGAAAGAACUGGGGGUGACGGACAACCCAAGCUAUAAGAUCACCUUCAUGUUGGACAGUGCAGCUAUGAUCACUGUGCACACACCUAAAAGAGGAGUUGUAGAGGUGAAGCCUUUAGGAGUCAUAUGGGGUAAAUAUAGUGAGUUCUACAACAGGAAGAACACAAUUAUGUUUGAUGACAUCGGAAGAAACUUUCUCAUGAAUCCACAAAAUGGACUGAAGAUCAGACCGUUCAUGAAGGCACACUUAAACCGUGAGAAAGACAAAGAACUCUACAAGCUGUCUCUGUAUCUGAAGGAGAUUGCUAAACUCGAUGACUUCUCAGGUCUCAACCACAAGCACUGGGAAAGGUACCUCUCAAAGAAGCAGAAUCAAUGACAUCUUGGACUGAGGCGAAGCUGCUGUCUAGAAAGAUUUGGUGCUGGAAACUCCAUCCUUACUGAACAACUGUUGGUUCAAAGAUCAGCUUCUCUGUAUCUUGUGUUGUUCAUCUUGCAUCUCUUUACAGUGGGUCAUUACUGCAGGACAAACGUGCUUUUAGCACCUGUAUUCCUCAGAACACUGUUUACCUCAAAAGGUCAAUGAAUCCAUUCAAAAUAUAAUAGCAGUGACUACAUUUAAAGCAUGACACUCCUCUUAUCACUUCCUGCCUGACACAUUCUUCUUCCUAUAAUUAAUGUCAACUUUUAUUAGGUGGUAACUUGAAAAUUAUUAACAUCUGAUUGAAAGAGCAUAUGAUGCUUAUGUAAUUUUUUUUUUUUUUUUUUUGCAAAAUCUUAGUCAGUGGAAAGAAUGGUGCGUGUGUGUAUAUGUAAUUAUAAUCUCAGAAUUUAAAUGCUACAGGAAGGUGUAAUUGAUCCAUGUCUUCUGUAGGACCAGUAUAAAUGAUCAUGUCUUCUUCAAAGAAGCAAUAAUUCUGGACUCCAUAAUUCUGUAUGAAUGGGUCUAAAUUAAAAAAAAGAGGUUUAUAGAUGAACAUGAAUUUGCUGUCUUAUCAGCAGAUAAAAAACAAUUCUCCAAAUGAACAGUAAUGAACACUGUCAUGUUUACAUGCACUUUUUUAAAAUACAAAACUUAAAUGUUAGAGUGAUGUAUGUUUUUUUUUUUUUUUUGGUCACUAGAGCAGUCACAUUAUUCUAGGGAGAUAAAGAAGUCAUGUCAAAAUAGCCUAACAGAUGUUUAUUUAUUAUUAUUAAUAUCAAAUAAUAUCAAUAUUUAUUUGUUUAUUAUUUAUCUACCAGGUCAUAGCAUUGAAGCUUGUUAAUAUUUAUCCCCCUUCAGUUUUUGCAAGUUUGUGUUGUCAUCAAGGACAGUAGAUAUUAACAUAUGUAAACAUUAUUGCAUUUUGUCUAACUGCAUUUCAGUCGGUACUCAAAUGUGGGCAUUGGAUUUAUGGAUGUAACCUAAAUGUAAAUUAAAGAGAAAUGGUUUUA